AUGACAAUAAAGAAUGAGAGUACAACUCCAAUGCCUGUUGAUUUCAAAAGAAAUCCCUUUCGUACUUAUUGUGAUACGUUCUGGAACCUUGGCUCGAUGAAAGAUGAAGAUGUUUAUAUGUGUCGAAAAUGGUGGACGUGUCUCGAGACCCAAUGGCAAUGCAAAACGGGACAAUGUAUCGAUAUGCAAUGGGUCUUAGACGAGGAAUGGGAUUGUCCAGAUGCUUCCGAUGAAGAGGCUCUGUUCGCAUCAGAAAAUCCAAUUCUGGAUCGAAAUUUGCAACUCAUCGACGAAUCGGCUCUCCGAGAAAAAUUCAAUUUUCUCUAUAAGAAACAGUCAUUUUGGAAUAUUUGUAACCUGACGAUCGAAUAUCCUUGUUUUCAAUUUGAUUCUCCAGAAGCAUUGAAUAUCAGCCAUUAUCGACCUUGUAUCGAUCACAAACAAAUAGGAGAUGGACAAAUCGAUUGCGCUGGUGGUCUCGAUGAACGUAAUACUAUCACGCUAUGUCAUGUACCUGUUAUGCUAGGUUAUCAUUAUAAAUGCUUAACAAAUCAGCAAUGCUCAUCCUAUGGUACACAUUGCGAACCGAUAUGUGUUGAUAAAGAUGUGCUAUGUCUAGGCUAUCAGAAAGUGCGGAACUGUUCGUCGUCGUUUGAUUUUACGUGCCUCGAUGGUCAUUGUGCCAAGAAUGGUUGGUGUGAUGGUAAAUAUGAUUGUUCGCAGGGAGAAGACGAGAGUAUUUGUAUUCGGCAAGGUAAAUCUCGAUCAAAAUCAUCCGAUGAACUUUAUCGUCUGGACAAAGAACGAUCGAUUCUAGAAGCGAAAAAAGAACUUCAUCUACCCCGACUUCCGAUUGAAGCCAACGAUAUUAAUAUUACUGAAAUUGAAGUUACAAGUUCGUCAAAGCUAACAAUACAAACAGCGGAUGUUCCUCAGAUUUCUUCUCCACUCUCGUUUUGGUGUAAUCGUGGCGUUGGUGUACAAUCCCUGAAUGAUACGAUUGCUUGCUUCUGUCCUCCUCAACUUAAUCACCGUCCAGAAGAAGCAUAUUCAUUACCUACUGUAUUCUCGUUUGAAUCGAUUUCUUCAACAUAA